CGACUCCCAAAUUCCCAAAUCGUAAUCUCCAAUCGGCUCGGCUCGUCCCGGGCCCGACCGGACCGAAUCCCCUUCACCCCCUCUCCCACCUCGCGCCGCCGCCUCGAUCUCUUCCUUUCACCGCGGUAGUCUCCCGCAAUCCAGGGGAACUUGGGUGUGAUUAUCAUGGGAACAUCAUUCAUUGUGAUUUUUGCUGGGUUAUGGAGAAGCGUGUGCUGAAAAUCAAGCUAAAGGCUUUGGGUACAAGAAUAGCUACUGAUAGUGCUCCAGACAGAGGAACUUCUGGUCUACUGCUCCAAGAUGCUGCAUUUACUGGCUUAGCAUCAUCAUCUGAAGAGAAUAUUCCUACAAAUUAUAGGAAAGACAUGAAACGCAAGCGCAGACCUAGAGCAGGUCAUAAGAAAGGGAAAAAGAAGAGUUUGGUGAAUAAUCCAACCUUGUCUCCAGUACGUGUAAACACAGAAGAUGAUAUUUUGAAUCAGGCUGAUGAUGGUCAGCUUAAUUCUGAAAUGGAUAAUGAAUCACCUUCCCUUGGAUCGGAUAAGCUUAGCACCAUGUCAAGUAUUGGUGCUGAUAUGCCAAAUGACAAAUCAACGGGUAAAACAGGGCCCAGUCGGGUUAAGGUAAAACUCAGAUCCUCGAGAGUAUUGGAACCUCAUCGAAGUUAUUCGGAUGCACAAACACCAAGUAAUACAGAUAAGAGUAAUCCACGAGUGGCCUUGGAAAAGGAGGAUAGUACUUAUUCUGAUGGACAGACAUCAGAAAAGCAGAAUGCUGUUUCAGAACAAUUACCAAGAAAAAGUGGCAGCAUCAAGAUUAAAUCUUCAAGGGGCUUAGGUCUGUCGAAUGAAAUCAUGCCAGACAAAAAUGUCAAUAAGCUAAAUGGUCCACAGAUACUGGGUCAGAGAAAUUUGGUUCUUGCAGAUGAUGAAAAACAUGUGGGUCCAUCAAUGCCCAGGAAUUUGAAACAAGGGGAAAUAACACUGCCUUCUAGGGACCCUCGUUACAAGGCGAAAGAGUUGAAUGCUGCACUGGUGGUGAUUAAAAAAGUCAUGAAAAUGGAAGCAGCUGUGCCCUUCAAUGCCCCUGUCAAUCCUGAUGCUCUGGGGAUACCUGAUUAUUUUGAUAUUAUAGACACUCCAAUGGAUUUUGGCACUAUUUGUCAUGAGCUAGAACGUGGCCAUAAAUACUUGAACUCAGAGGAUGUUUAUAAAGAUGUGCAAUAUAUAUGGGAAAACUGCUAUAAGUACAACAACAAGGGUGAUUAUAUUUUGGACCUUAUGAAACGGGUGAAAAAGAAUUUCAUGAAGUACUGGUUGGCAGCUGGGUUGUAUUCUGAUAUGCCAAGUAGUGGUGCCACUGAAAGUACUCAGAUUGAGGAUGUUACAUGUUCAGGUCAGGAAAAGUUGCAUCCAAAAAGCAAGACAAAGCAUAAGCGUCGACGUUAUGGGAUUGAUCGCCACAAAAGCGACUGCCUAUGUGCUGUCUGUGUUGUUAGGCGUCGUAGGAAGGAACGUGAAGAAAGUUCAGCAGUUCUGGAGAGCCAAAUGGCAAUAAGCAAUCCUAAUCUUCCCCAAGAGUUCAGGAUUGAGGAAGCCUCUCCUGUAGAUAACCCUUGCAGUGAGGAUGCUACCUCGAGCUUGGACCGCUCUCCAGAGACUGAUGCCAAUGUGGAUAUGGAAGACGUUGAAAAUGAACUGACGAUUGAGACCCCUGAGCUGAUGGACAUUCAAGAAAAGGAGACAGUAGAAAGUGAAAUGGAACUAGAUCACGACCCAAGUGGCAGAACCGGACCUCACCAUUCAUUGCCAAUUGAAAAUGGAACAGAGGAUUCUAAUCCACUGUCUCAAGAAGAAAUGGAGGCAACGCAACCUGGAGACCAGACGGUUGACACAGUUGUGCGGCAGAAGGAAGCAGCAGUUGCCCAUCAUCAUCCAGAGGAGGCGCAAAAGAAACCAGGGGAACCUUCAGUGAGGAAUCAGCUGAUCAAGAUGCAAGAGAAUAUUGUGCAAGAAGAAAACCAUUCAAUCUUGUGGUUAUGCAGGAGCCUUUUUCCGAGCAACGUUAGGUCUGCAUGGAAUGGACCCCAUUCUUUAACCCGGCGACAUGUUUCGGUACGAGAUAGCCCCAUCCACGCUGCAUUGGCAACAUUCAUGAAACCAUAAAGUUUUGACCCCUGGGGCUUGUGUACUCAUUCAUAUAAGACAGUAUGUGCUCGGUCAUUGAGGCAAAAAUUUUUACAUGUUAUUUGUAUUGUAUCUUGGAUAUGGAGAAUGAUGCAUCAAUCUACCGCAAGAGAAUGAUGUCGUAACAGUGUCUGACAUAGAUUCUUUUUCACAUUUUUAACAUAUUUUUCUUUUCCAAUCAGAUUGCAUAUCUGUAAUUUACUGUAGUGGGGUUUUCUGGCCUCCAUUAUGAGCAUGUUCCAUUCUCGACGCAAGGACUAGGUUAACUA